CGAUGCAAUCUCCGUGGUGAUCUCAUACCAUACCUUACCAUCUACCACCAUUGCUACUACUGCAGCUACAUCUCUUCCUUCUUUCGUCAUCCUCUGCAUCGCCUGAUCUGCCGGCAAUCGUAGCAUACGCAGCCUCGCCUUGACCAGCUUGCCGUCAUGUCCCUGUGGUGGGGCUCUGAUCCCUUCGCCGAUCUAGUCGGCAAGGCUACCUCAGAGCUGCUACCGGCUGGACAGGAGGACAUCGCUCUGAACCUCGAGGUAUGCGAUCAAGUCAGAUCCAAACAGGUUCAGCCCAAGAAUGCAAUGCAGAUCAUCAAGAAGCGCAUCACCGAUCCCAAUCCCAACGUCGUACUACUUGCAUUAGGGCUCACGGACAUCUGCAUCAAGAAUGGAGGCGAUCACUUCCUCGCUGAAGUGGCAUCUCGCGAGUUCAUGGAUCCCUUGACCCGUAUGCUAGGCAGCCCCCCUGUCAACCAUGAGGUCAAAGCCAAAGCUCUGCGUCUCAUACAGGAAUGGGCUCAGAUCGCAGAGGCGAAGCCUUCGCAGAUGGGCUACAUGACACAAGCAUAUCGACUCAUGAAAGACGAAGGCUUUCAAUUCCCGGCCCGAGAUUCAGCGACAGUUGCCUCUGCGGCGUUCGUCGAGACGCUCACUGCGCCAGAAUGGGUCGAUGGAGAUGUGUGUCUGCGGUGUCGGACCAGCUUCACGACCUUCAACAGGAAGCAUCACUGCAGGAACUGUGGUAACGUCUUCUGUCAGCAGUGCUCGUCGCACACUAUGGCGCUGCCAUGGUACGGCAUCGGCCAGGACGUCAGGGUCUGCGACGGCUGUUUUAACAAGAAAGCCCCGCCAAAGAAUCUGCCAAAGCUCACACGGUCGACCAGCACAGCAACGCCCAUGAUUGCUCCAUCCGGGAGAGGAGGCGCAGCUUCGCACCAUCGGUCCGCCACGAUCGGUAGUAAGCCCAAGAACAGCAAGCGCGAAGAGGAUGAUCUGGCCCUCGCCAUUAAGCUCUCGCUGCAGGACAGUGGGGGUGCCUCGAGCUCGCGUCUGACCUCAGCGCCCUCCGAGCCAUCAGCGCAAAGGGCGACACGGCAAGCAAACGGCCGUAUGCUCGAGGGAACAGACGCAGACGAUGACCCAGACCUCGCCGCUGCCAUUGCUGCGAGUCUGCGGGAGUAUGCGCCGCCGCCGCCGAGUGCUCCAGCUGACUUCAGUGAUGAAGCUGCUUAUGCUCCCGGCGCUCCCCCGCAAAGCUCGCAAUAUCAGCAGGAGCAGCAAUCGAAAUUGCCGCUGCCCCCAUCCCUCGAGCUUCCCCCGCAAGAUGUUGAUUCGCUUCUGAGCUUCUCACAAGCUCUUCGACUACAAGAGCAGCACGCUCGGCAGACUGGGAUUGAGCCUGCGCCAAAUCCGCAAGUGCAAUCCCUCUACGACAAAGCGACAGCAGCACGGCCUAAAAUGGCUCGCAGUCUAGAUGAAGCUGGGAGGAGGCAUGGGGUCCUGAUGUCGAUGCACGACAAGCUGACUGAGGCGGUCCGGUUGUACGACCGUCUUCUUGACGCUCAGAUGUCUCGUCCUGCUGGGGCAUACGGCUAUCAGCCUCCAUCUGCUGCUGCAUACGACUACGGGCAGCCUCCGUAUCAGCAGCCCGCCUAUAAACAGCAGCAGCCACAGAACAACUACACUUGGCAGCCGCAUCAGCAGCAGCAGGCGUACGUCCAUGCUUCCCAACCUCCUUUCCAGCCACAGCAAGCUCCGUCUGGACCCCAGCAAGCUCCCGCUGAGAACAGCGGGGGUAUGUACCCUUCCCUGCCAUCUGCUCCCAUGGACUCUCCACAGCAAGCCUCAGCUGCUCCGUACGCAGCACACCAUCAACAGCAGUCCCUGCAGCAGCAACAGUACGCCCCUUCCCACGUCUCGUCGCCACCAGCCUCGAGUGCGGGCCCUCAGCAGCAGUACUUUACUCCUCCGCAGCCCGAGGGUCAGUACUAUGCUCAGGCUCCCAGUCAGCAGUCUGCGUAUGACUACAAUGCACCUCAACAAGGCGGUCCACAUAGUGCUCCCUCCUAUCAGUCACAGCAACAAUUACAGGCACAGCAAGGGGCGCCAAGCGAUCCGUACCAAGGUGCAGGGUAUGCUCCAUCAGCGGCAUCGGAGCACUACCCCAAUGGAGUCACCUCCCCCACGGUCUCCAACGCCCCCUCGGCUCCAUACGAUGCAGGCUCGAACAGCCAGGCCUCGAGUGCACAUCGCGCCAAUGGGCAUGCAGAUCCGAGUGUCGUCGGUGCUGCCCCCAGUGGUGGUGAAGGCGGGUACUACGCUUGGGACGCUCCUUCUGUGCCUACUACCGAGCCUGGCCAGGCCGAGGCGACUGCGAAUGCUAACAGCAGGAACUCGGCGCAAUGGCAGAAGGCGGACGUGCCUGCUCUCAUCGAAUUGUAAUCAGGCCUGGCACCGAAGAAAGGGCGUACGGAAGAUGUGGCAAAGGAAUCGGUCGGUCGGUCGGUCGGUCGGUCUUGCUCACUCUCACGACCUGUCUCCCAUUGUACCACGCAUUUGCAUCCUCGACUUUUAUGAUCAUGACUUUAUGAUGACGCUAG